UCAGCAAGUAAAGAUGGCGGAAUACGACCUAACCUGGAAGUUAGGGCCCUUUUUGGACCGCCAUUUAGUUUUCCCUCUUAUGGAAUUUUUAUCCGUCAAGGGAAUCUAUGAUGAAACAGACUUACAGAGAGCAAAAUUGGAGCUGCUGUCCAGCACAAACAUGGUGGAUUUUGCAAUGGAUAUCCAUACAUCACUCUACCCGGACCAACCUGCUACUACAGAGCUUCCAGACCGCAGGUCUCGCGUUGUGUCUGAAUUGAAACGUCUCCAGACAGAGACUGAGCCAAUCUUCAAGAUCUUCAGUGACAAUGAAGUACAAAAGCAGCUUCAGGCAUCUCGUGACCAUCGCACCCUCAUGCAGUUCUUGGUUGAUAAUUAUGAUUUCCGACCAGAAAUGUUGGAUACCUUGUACUCAUUUGCAAAGUUUCAAUAUGAGUGUGGUAAUUACUCUGGUGCAGCAGAUUAUCUUUAUCUCCAUCGUGGUUUAGUACCUGGCAGUGAUAAGAACUUCCUGAAUGGACUGUGGGGAAAGCUGGCAUCUGAGAUUUUAACUCAGCAUUGGGAAAAUGCACUCGAGGACCUUAAUCGUUUGAAGGAGUUCAUUGAGGCCAAUCUCACGACCUCACCACUACAGGCCCUUCAACAACGUACUUGGUUGAUCCAUUGGUCACUCUUUGUCUUUUUCAACCAUCCUAAGGGUCGUGAAUUAAUCAUUGAGAUGUUCUUGUACCAGCAGCCAUAUCUCAAUGCUUUACAAACUAUGUGUCCUCAUGUCCUGCGUUACCUAGCAACUGCUGUUGUUAUUAAUAAGAACAGUAGGAGGGCUGCAAUGAAGGAUCUGGUGAGAGUAAUUCAACAAGAGAGCUACACGUACAAGGAUCCCAUCACAGAAUUCCUGGCUCAUCUCUAUGUCGAUUUUGACUUUGAUGCCGCCCAAGAAAAACUUCAACAAUGUGCUGCAGUUUUGGAAAAUGAUUUCUUCCUUGUUGCUUGUCAAAAUGACUUCAUUGAGAAUGCUAGACUCAUGAUCUUUGAGCUUUUCUGCAGAAUUCAUCAGUGUAUCAGUAUUAACAUGCUGGCAGAGAAGCUAAACAUGACACCCAAGGAUGCUGAGAGGUGGAUUGUUAACUUGAUUCGACAGGCCAAAUUGGAUGCCAAGAUAGAUUCUCAGCAAGGCCAUGUGGUGAUGGGUACGCAAGCUGUAUCUCCAUAUCAGCAGCUUAUUGAGAAAACCAAGACUCUCAGUUUUCGUACACAAAUGCUUUCUAUCAACGUGGAGAAGAAAGCUACAGCAAGAUACAGUGAAGGACCAAGUUGGGCUGUAUCCAGUUAAGUGUCUCAUACUUAUUAGAAAGUGGAGUUCCCUUGAAAUGAAACCAUCAGAAUUUAUCAACCAAUUAUUACUUUGCUGAGGGAAAGAUUAAAAAAAAAAAAAAAAAAGUAAAAGGAAAUGUAAUUCUUUAUAAUAAUAAAAACUUAAAAACUU